GGAUCUAAAGAACAAGAUGGAAAUUGUAAAUUUCUUCAUCAAGCCAACAAUCUCAAAAGCUUUUUGCUAUACUGAUUGCUACUUUAUUCAUACUGAUCUCUUUGAUCAUCAUUUCAAGCUCUCUUAACCUAGCAUCUUUUCUCUUUAGAAUGUCUCUAGCGGAUAACCCCAUUGCAGCACAUCAAUAUACUUUAGCAAACUAAACCAGUGGUAUAGCUCAGAAAAUUGAAAACUUUGCCUCUGUAACUUUUACACGUAGGAUAAUGGCUUUCGGUUGGGGAAAAAUCCUCCCCGUAGUAGUUCAUAGAGAUCUCAGUUGUUUUUAGUUCUUAACUAAAAAGCUAGCUAGCGAUCCAGCUGUUGUUAAUAAUUUUAGUGUUGAAGUAGGAAAAUAUCCUUUGAGAGGAGUGGUUCUUUUAUUCAUUUUUAUGGAAAAACCCUUUCACUGUGAUUGCUUCAUUUUAAAGGACAAAAGCCCAUUGCUAUUUCCACAGCAGGGAGACAGAUUAUGAUUAUGGCCAUAGUACAGCGUAUUGGUAAGAUACUCCUUUCAUCCUUGUGGGAAGCAAUCAAAAUAAGCAAUUCCAAUUUCAGCAACGGCAAUUGCCGUUCUGUGGAUAGUUGGUUAUGUAAUCUGGUUGAUAUGCCCAAGUGAAUUCCUUUAAGUUAAAACAAAAGGUUCUAAUUUUCUAUGCUAGGUAUUCAUAUUUCUCUAAAAUUGGUGUAUACCAUCAGGCAAGAGAAGAUGAACUUCAUGGCUUAUUGGCAUUGCAAACAAGAUGCUGUGGUGUGUGUGUGUGUUUGUGCGCAAAAAGGGACGAGAGAGAAGGUGGAGGAGUGCAUUUUUGUGCUAAAAAGAAGGGGUGGUGGUUAUUUUGUUGUGGUUGCAUCCUUAAGCCCAGUGUACUUCCUGGAGCAGACUUGAGGACCUAUCAGCUCAAGCGGUAAAAGAGAGAAAACAUAAGGGGAGGAGUUGAGACAUCGUCCGUGAAAUCAUGUAAAGGAAGGUCCCUGUAGAUGUUCUUCUGUCAGCAUGAGAACCACUUACCACCAUGGUAAGGCGUGCUUUAAUGAACCAACCGUUUGGGCAGGGCUUGAUUGCAUGUGUCUAACGAGAAGCAACCACACAUCUAUCAUUGUAUCCAGAGAUGUAGAUGUGUGUGUCUUUUGCAUUGUUAAUAUUACUUACCUUUAAAUGCUUUCAAUGGAUUUUAUUGAUAAUGUUAAUAUUUCUGGUAAACCAUUUAGAAACUACAAUCAGACUUGUUGAAUGAAUAAAAUCUAAAGGGUACUGGAUAGUACCCUGUUGGUACCACUCCACUGACUAAAUGUACCUACCAAUAUGAUGGAUUUCAUAAGUGUUAAUAAAAGGGGAAAGGAGAAGGCUAAAAUACAUAAAAGGUGGCAUACCAAGAAUCUGAGAAACUUAAUAGAUGUCAAUAAUAAUUGCACUACACAGAAAUGAUACAUUUUAAGGAAUGAAAAGGAUAAAAAGAACAAGGGAAACAUGAUGUUGUUGUUGUUUAGUCGUGUCCGACUCUUUGUGACCCCAUGGACAGGCACUCCUGUCUUCCACUGCCUCCCGCAGUUUGGUCAAACUCAUGUUCGUAGCUUCGAGAACACUGUCCAACCAUCUCGUCCUCUGUCGUCCCUUUCUCCUAGUGCCCUCAAUCUUUCCCAACAUCAGGGUCUUUUCCAGGACGUCUUCUUUUCUCAUGAGGUGGCCAAAGUCUUGGAGCCUCAGUUUCAGGAUCUGUCCUUCCAGUGAGCACUCAGGGCUGAUUUCCUUCAGAAUGGAUAGGUUUGAUCUUCUUGCAGUCCAUGGGACUCUCAAGAGUUUCCUCCAGCACCAUAAUUCAAAAGCAUCAAUUCUUCGGCGAUCAGCCCUCUUUAUGGUCCAUCUCUCACUUCCAUACAUCACUACUGGGAAAACCAUAGUUUUAGGGAAACAUAGUUUUUACAUUCUUACAAGAGAAGACACAAAAAGCCUGCUCUGUUUCUCUGGGAAGUGUUUUGCCAUUCUACCUCGUUUUGUGAGGCACUAUUGUUAACAGGUGGUGGUCCAACAGAUACCAGAUAAUUUGAGAAUGAAAUGGACAAACUAAUUUUGGCAGAUUAAUAAACGGUUUGGUGGCAUGAAAUAUUGGAAAAGGGAAACUAAUACCAACUGUGAAGCAGAUUAACUUAGACAGAGACAUGACAUUUUAAGUAGAUUUAGUAUUUCAAGUGUGCCAGAGUGGCAAGGAAACUGAAGUGCAGUUAGUGUAAUGGGAUUUCCCACCCUUAUAUUUUACUUUUCUGUUUUAUUUUCCAAGGCACUGAUGUCUGAAGCUUACUUUCUGUUGAGAGUUACAGUGGUACCUCUGUUUAAGUACACAUUUGGUUCCGGAAGUCUGUACUUAACCUGAAGCGUACUUAACCUGAAGCGAACUUUCCCAUUGAAAGUAAUGGAAAGUGGAUUAAUCCGUUCCAGACGGGUCCGCGGAGUACUUAAACUGAAAGUACUCAAACCGAAGUGUACUUAAACCGAGGUAUGACUGUACUGUACUCUGGACAGUUCAUGACCUUUAUGAGAGACCUGUAGUUUGCAGCUUUUCCUUUCAAAAUACUUGCAAGUGGUAAUCAGGAAAGGAUUAGACCAGUCCUAAUGUAAAAACUCAAUGAAACACACAUGUUGGCUCUUCAUAACUGAUGUGCCUGUUGUAAGGAUUUACAACCCUUUUCUCCAUGGGUAGUAGUGUCUUUAAUUGGCAGAGAUUUUCUCUUGCUGUGACCACUUCUCCAUUCGUACCUUGUGGACAUCCCACUUCAGGAAGAACAAGGAUAAUACAUGGUCAGUGAACUGAAUAUAUGGAGGUUUUCUUGAGUUUCAUUAGAGUCAAAACUAAUUCUUACUAACAAGAGAAAAACAUUGUUUUGGUGAAUACAUGUGAUUGCUAUCUCUGCCCCCCCCAUCAGAAACCUAAUUUUCUGUUCCUAGAAGUGUAAGCCAUUGACAAUGGCACAUAUGGUGUUGAUACAUGUGUUGGAAUAUUGCUCAAAUUACAUACUUGAAUGCUUAGACAGAACUCAAUAAAAUUUACAACAAGCAGAAUACCUACUCUUGUACGUGACUAUGAAGAGUGCAGUCUUAAAUUACAUUGGCAAUACAGUAUGAGCAAUUUCAAAUAUGGAAACUUCCUAAUUAACAUUGAUUUGUGUUUAACUCUAUUUCUAAUGAACUGUUAAUGAUAAGUAUUAAUUAAAUUAAAUCAAAACAGGUAUCAUCUUAUGCAUCUUGGACUUUGAUAUUUGUUAAACGUUCAUAAUGCAUAUAGUACAUAAUGAUGAAAAUUGAAUUCCUUAAUUGACUUGUCUUUAUAUUUAUGUAGCAUACUUUAAGGAAAAGCUAUUUUCUACUUCAGCAGAUGGCUCUCUUAGGACCUGGCUCUUCAUGAUGAUUAAUGGUUGCCUUUCAGAUACUAAGCUGCUUUCUUCAGUCAAACAUCUAUUUCCCUUUGUCUACACCACUCCCACAUUUUUACUUUCUGCGUUCAAAUAAGAUUUCGGUGCUAUCUGGUUAGGCACAGUGACACAAUAUUGGUUGAAGGUCACCACUUCAGUCAUUAGGCUUGGGAAAAGGUUUGGAACCUGACGAAUGAAUAGAAAAACACAACUGAAUGUAAGCCCAAAUACUAUGAUUAUACAGUGGAACCUCGGUUUAUGAACACCUCGGUUUAUGAAUUUUCGGUUUAUGAACACCGUGGACCCAUCUGGAACGGAUUAAUUCAUUUUCCAUUACUUUCAAUGGGAAAGUUCGCUUCGGUUUAUGAACGCUUCAGUUUAUGAACAGACUUCCGGAACCAAUUACACCCAUGCUUCAGUUUAUGAACGCUUCAGUUUAAGUACUCUGCGGACCCGUCUGGAACGGAUUAAUCCACUUUCCAUUACUUUCAAUGGGAAAGUUCGCUUCAGUUUAUGAACGCUUCAGUUUAAGUACUCUGGAACGGAUUAAUCCACUUUCCAUUACUUUCAAUGGAAAAGUUCGCUUCAGUUUAUGAACGCUUCAGUUUAUGAACAGACUUCCGGAACCAAUUGUGUUCAUAAACCGAGGUACCACUGUAUGGUCAGAUAGAGGGAUAAGAUGUCUUCUAGCCGUUGAUGCAGACUUACAUUAAGGCUGAGCUUAAAACUAGCAAUUGAGAUUUGUCAGGAUUAGGAGGAAGACCUGGGGAGUCUUUAGGACACUAGCAGGAAAAUAGUUGUGGUUUCCUCCAGAGGGAAGCUGUUUUUUCCUCUAGCAAGUCCAUAACAAACCAGAUGAAAAGGAAGCUCUGUGUUUCAUAAUCUACUGGAGACAUCCUAUAAGCAUGGUGCAGCUAGUUAAUUUUAGACCUUGGACUUAAUGGACUUAAUUUUAGACCUUGGACUUAAUGGUCCUGAAGUGCAAAAUUAACAAUUCUCUUGCCUGCCCUUUCCCUGCCAUUCCAUGCUUUGCAGCUGGAUCAGGAACAGGAAUAAAUGUGCAGUUUUCCCAGUGAAGAGAUGUAGAAAGUGGAUCCCUCCAAGGAUCAGUAUUGGGACCUGUGCUUCUUAACUUGUGUGUUAAUGAUCUAGAGGUGAGCAGUGAGGUGGUGAAGUUUUGCUGACACAAAAUAGUUCAGGGUGGUUUAGAAAAAAGGGAUUUCGAAGAGCUCCAAAAGGUUUUAUCCAAAUUGGGUCAUUGGGCAGUAAAGUGGUGAAUGUGAUUUAAUGUAUUUAAGCAUAAAUACAAGGCGCAAAAAAAAUACAAAUUUUACAUGUACAGUAUCCUAAUAAGGUCUGGUCAGAUAGGGACUGAUCAAGAACGAGACUUUGGGAUUGUACUGGAUAGGUCUACGAAGUGCAGAAGUUGUGAAAGAGGUGAAUUUCAUGGUUUCUUUCUGUAGAUACGUUGAACUGCUGCUACAGUACAUGCAACUUAUGCAGAUAGCUUAGGUUUGUCAGCAUUUCCAUAGAAAUAGGGUAUGCCUACAUACAAGUAUCUCUGUUUAGGGUGGUGGUGGUCAGUAUCUGUUUUUCGUCAAAGUUCAGUACAUUACUGAAACAGUAAUGUACUGUAAAAACAAAUUCUAGCAGAUGUUAAUACUAUAUCUUUUUUUCAUUUAAUCAAAUUAGAGUUAUGGCGAUUUAAUUUUCCAUCCAGCGUGUGCCUUUUUCAUAGGAGACAUGUGAUAGUCUACAGGAAAUUAAAGUGUGCAAUUCUUUUGCGUAAGAUAAGUCCAUGUACUGAUACUCUCACCCUAUCAUUUGACUCUAGCAAAAGGAGGGACGCACCCAUGUUUAUGACUUUUUAUAAAGCAUUAUGAUGCUACUUGCUGCUGGGUGUGUGUGACAGCCUCUUUUUAAGAAGUAAUAUAUGAUGCUGACCUUGUUGCUUUUUGUGUACUGUAUUUUGCAACUUGCUGCAAUUGUCUAGUAGCUAGGCAGCACACAUAGGACAGGGUAUAAUAUACCAAAUAAAAUACCUUACUUUGCUUUCCCUAUAUUUUGUGUUUUUCUCUCCCUGUGAAUUUCCAAGAUAAAUAGUGCAAUCAGGUUGGAAGAGGGAGAGUUGGAUGCUACAAUUUUAUGCAUUUGGUGUUGUAUUUUGAUGAUUGUGUUAUUUUGGUUUCCAUACACUUAAAGGCUCAUGACCAAGUAAGAACUUGCUUUGAUUUUGAGAAGUAUGUUUUUCAUUUGCACUGAAAUCAAAGCACACAAGGGGUGGCUUCAAGACCACCAUGUAUUUUUAAAACCAUUUGCUCUUGCCUUUUUUUGGUGCACAGAAAAGUACUUAGCUCACGUGAUAGACAUUUGGGGAAACUUCUAACAGCAAUCUAUCAAAAUAAUGUAUAAUGUUUAGGUUUUCAGAGCUGCUUUCUGUCGGAAUUGGGAUUUUGAACGGAAGGCAGAUUUCACACUGUUUCUUGCUUUCGAGUGCUUGCUCGCAGUCAUUAAAAAAUAGUAAUUGUGUUUCAAGUCUUUGGCUUCAUGUGAAGAAAACAGCACUGAAGCACUUGGAAAUUCCAGUAAGAUCUGCCCUAAAUACUUGUUAAAUUUUAAUUUGGAAGCUUCCUUCUGAAUCACAAAAGGGGAAGUUCAUUUAAUAGGGAAAUAAAGAACUUGCAGCAAGGUCACCUAGCCUAGGUGGCUUCUCCUCUCGCUUUAUUUGGUUUGCUUUGCACUUUGGAACACAGCAACUUGCAAUUAGCACACAGAAGAAUCCUGGAAAGAACGCCUGCAAUUCCAAAGUGAGCUUUCUAUAGCAUAUGCGCUGCUUUCCUUCCUUCCUCCCCCCCUUCCUCCCAUUCUCUCAGUCCCUCCUCCCUUUCGUACCGCCUCUUCCAUGCACCCUGUAGCCAGCAGCAAGACAGCUGUGUUUGAUCAUAAACCACUUACAACUCCAGGCUCCCUUGGAAAGGGGAAACUUUGGGAGUGAGCAGCUCGCUACGUCUCUGUCCUGUUCUGUCCUCCACCUCCCGAUCGGAUCUAACCAGCGCUCUUCCAGUGGGUUUGGAUGCUGCGAGUGCCUAUAGGGCUCCCAAAAUAUUUUCAGAUGCUCUGAACUCAUUUGGGAGAUGCUUCUCCCCCCCACCCGCCACGAUCUAACUGCGAGGGGAGAAUGAAGACAUAAGACGGAAGCCCAGCUCUCCCGGGCAGUUUUUAGUAGCCAGGAGAGAGAUCGUUACGGCUUGUCGGCACUUCUGUCUGGCCGUGCACUCUGCAGUGUUUUAAUGAGGAAUUUGCAGCAACGGAUUGUUUGUGAAACGGCAACCAGCUCCCCCCCUUUUUUUGCCUCUUUAGGAGAACCCUGUGCAUUGUUAUUUUUUUUUAAGGCUAUCUAAAUGUUGAGUGAAAAUGGCUGUCUAGAGCAAAAUGUGCAAGACAGGAAAAGCUCAGAGACGGAGGGGGUGUUGAAUCUUCUGGAGCAGAGCUUGGAAACCUUAAAAUCCAUAGAAAGCAGCCAAGCCCUGGAAAGUCUAAUCAUGAAUUCUGGAGUUGCCAUGAAAUAUGGAAAUGACUCCUCCGCAGAACUGAACGAGCUCCACUUAGCAGCACUGGCAUCUCUGAAAGGAGACAUAGUUGAACUUAACAAACGCCUACAGCAAACCGAACGAGAAAGGGAUUCGUUGGAAAAGAAAUUGGCAAAGGCACAGUGUGAACAGUCCCACCUAAUGAGAGAGCACGAAGAUGUGCAAGAGCGGACGACGCUUCGCUACGAAGAACGGAUCACAGAGCUCCACAGCAUUAUCGCAGAACUGAAUAAGAAAAUCGACCGACUUCAAGGAACUACUAUAAGGGAAGAAGAUGAGUAUUCAGAACUGCGAUCAGAACUUAGUCAUAGUCAACAUGAGGUCAAUGAAGAUUCACACAGCUUGGAUCAAGAUCAAACUUCUGUUUCAGUUCCAGAGAACCAGUCUACUAUGGUCACAGCUGACAUGGAUACCUGUAGUGACUUGAACUCCGAACUUCAGAGAGUGCUGACAGGACUGGAGAAUGUUGUCUGUGGGAGGAAGAAGAGCAGCUGCAGUUUGUCUGUGGCAGAUGUGGACAGACACAUUGAGCAGCUCACCACUGCCAGCGAACACUGUGAUUUAGCCAUUAAGACAGUCGAGGAGAUUGAAGGUGUGCUCGGGAGGGACCUGUAUCCCAACCUGGCUGAAGAGAGGUCUCGCUGGGAGAAGGAGCUUGCGGGCUUGAGGGAAGAGAACGAGAGCCUUACGGCAAUGCUGUGCAGCAAGGAGGAGGAGCUAAACAGGACGAAGGCCACCAUGAAUGCCAUCCGGGAGGAACGAGACAGAUUGCGCAGAAGGGUUCGAGAACUGCAGACACGUUUACAAAGCGUCCAGGCAACUGGCCCAUCCAGUCCCGGCCGUCUUACUCCUGCCAACCGUCCCAUUAACCCUAGCACUGGAGAACUGAGCACCAGCAGUAGCAGUAAUGACAUCCCCAUUGCCAAGAUAGCUGAACGAGUAAAGCUCUCAAAGACGAGAUCGGAAUCUUCAACGUCUGACCGUCCUGUCCUGGGAUCUGAAAUCAGCAGCAUAGGGGUUUCUAGCAGUGUAGCAGAACACUUAGCCCACUCUCUUCAAGACUGUUCCAACAUCCAAGAAAUUUUCCAGACCCUCUACUCGCAUGGAUCUGCUAUCUCUGAAAGCAAAAUCCGAGAAUUUGAAGUGGAAACUGAGCGGUUAAACAGCCGCAUUGAGCAUUUAAAAUCUCAGAAUGAUUUAUUGACAAUAACUCUGGAAGAGUGCAAGAGUAAUGCGGAGAGGAUGAGCAUGCUGGUUGGAAAAUAUGAAUCCAAUUCCACCGCCCUGAAGCUCGCUUUGCAAUACAGUGAACAGUGCAUUGAAGCCUACGAGCUGCUGUUGGCAUUGGCAGAAAGUGAACAGUCCCUCAUUCUUGGGCAAUUCAGAGCUGCAGGUGUCGGGUCUGUUGGGGACCAAACAGGUGAUGAAAACAUCACUCAGAUGCUUAAAAGAGCUCAUGACUGCAGGAAGACAGCUGAGAACGCAGCAAAAGCCCUGCUGAUGAAAUUGGACGGUAGCUGCGGUGGAGCGUUUGCAGUCACCGGCUGCAGCGUGCAGCCCUGGGAGAGCCUGUCAUCCAAUAGCCACACCAGCACUACUAGUUCGACAGCAAGUAGCUGCGAUACAGAGUUCACAAAGGAGGACGAGCAAAGGCUGAAGGACUACAUUCAGCAGCUGAAGAAUGACAGGGCGGCUGUCAAGCUGACCAUGUUGGAGUUGGAGAGCAUUCAUAUCGAUCCCCUCAGCUAUGAUGUCAAGCCUCGCGGAGACAGCCAAAGGCUGGAUCUAGAAAAUGCUGUACUCAUGCAGGAACUCAUGGCAAUGAAGGAGGAAAUGGCGGAGCUGAAGGCACAGCUAUACCUGCUAGAAAAAGAGAAGAAGGCUCUGGAGCUGAAGCUGAGCAGUCGGGAAGCUCAGGAACAGGCAUACCUGGUCCACAUCGAGCACCUGAAAUCAGAAGUGGAAGAACAAAAGGAGCAGAGGAUGAGAUCCCUAAGCUCAGCUAGUAGCAGCAGCAAAGACAAGUCAAGUAAGGAAUGCACAGAUGGCACCACGGCAUCUUUAACGCUAGCUGAGUUGAAACCCUACAGUGAAAGUGAACUGACUACAGAACUGGCAAAUGCACUUAGGCGAGAAAAGAAGCUGAAAGGCAGAGUGCAGGAGUUGGUGAGUGCCUUAGAAAGACUGACAAAGAGCAGUGAAAUCCGGCACCAGCAGUCUGCAGAGUUCGUCAAUGACCUGAAAAGAGCAAACAGUAACCUUGUGGCUGCCUAUGAGAAAGCAAAGAAGAAGCAUCAAAACAAGCUGAAGAAACUGGAAUCCCAAAUGAUGGCGAUGGUUGAAAGGCACGAGACCCAAGUGAGAAUGCUCAAACAAAGAAUUGCCUUGCUAGAAGAGGAGAACUCGAGGCCCCAUACCAAUGAAACGUCACUUUAAGUAGAGGGGAAGAUUUUUUUAUUUUGAAAAGAAUCCAUGUGCGUUGCAAAUUUGUCUCCUGGAAAGACUCAUUUAGGUGGUGAACACACAGGCGGAUCUGGGAAAGGUGGAGGUCAGUGCCUCAAAAAGAGGAGUUAUGACUUUGGCAAUAUAUAGCCAUCUGGAGGAGCCAAAAAUUUAAGUAAGGCUUUGGAUGGCUGUGCAUAUCAGAUAGUGCCUGAUGGUUAAUGUAUCAGUUUAUCAAUGUUCUAUGUAACUUCCCCCCCCCCAAAUUUCCCUUUUCCUUCCUCCAAAUUUACGGUCACAAACACCCUACUGUUCUUAUGCAUCGAGAACAUUCGUUUGAGUCCCUUGCAUUUUUUGAGGGAAUGUUUAAAGGCCAUGGGACAGGUAGGUUUCAUUUGAAUGGGUAGCAAUUCUCUCUAUCCCAUCUCCUCUGGCUCCUUCUCUUCAGUAGAAAUGAUCAGGCACUUACUAAGGGGAGAGCCAGACAUUUAUUGUAGUUAGCCUCUGGCCGCAGAUUAAGCCCAAGCAAACAUUACCAUAGCCCCGCAAGACACAUCUAAGGAAGAAGUACUGUGACUCUUUCCUCUCCGGGAGACUGGAGCCAACCAGCUCUGCAUGUGUGCAGCUAGUGCUGCCAAGUGAGAUUUCAAAUGGGAAGUAGUAUUUCAAAAGGAAGAGGAAAUUCAAAGGAGCUUUGAAUAUGCUGACCCAGUGCCUGACACCCUCCAUCUAACAGGAGGGUGCUUUGCCAUUUGAACCUCUCUCUUCUAGACAUACCAGCGGAAUGAAAGCAGGCAAGCCAACUGUUUUUCCGAUCCAGGUAGAGGUGGUACAAAAUUGUACACACACACCCUAAAAUGGGAGUAGAUGCAGUUGCUGUACAGUGUCAGCAUAAUCAAAUCAUCAAGUUCCGAGGCUGAACAUGGUUUAGGUUGUAAAGAAGAAUGUGCCUAAUCAAAUGAAUGUAGGGUGGUGCUCCCUGAAAAGCUGUAUGAAGUCACUUGCAAAAGUGCUAUUAUGAUGCUAGUUUGGCCCUGCAAAACCCAUCGUUAUCAGUGGGAGUGCAACAGGUUGCCUUACGUCAGUUCUUUGUAUAACUUAUCUUUAAUAUUCUAGCCUCUGUUCUUCUCUAGACAUAAAUGCAGCAAUAACUCAUUGGUGGCAGGAAGAGGGAGUCUAGGCAAACAUCCUGGGAAUCAAGGGAGGAGUGUCAGCUGCGGCACAAGCAACUCUAUGGUGCCUUGCUCUUUAUAUGUCCCCCCCCGGACUGAUUCUCUAAGCAGCCAAGUCCCAAGUCCUUCCACAUAAUUUCACUGUAGCAGAUCAUGUGCUUUUCUGGACAGGUUUUGGGAUUUCUGCUGCCGUUUCUCUUCUGUGUUGUGGUAUUUUACCUGUUCAAACUAAGGGGGUGGAAUGUCCAGGUGCAUCUACGGCAGUGGUGGCCAAACUUGGCCCUUCAGCUGUUUUUGGACUACAACUCGCACCAUCCCUAGCUAACAGGACCAGUGGCCAGGGAUGAUGGGAAAUGUAGUCCCAUCCCAAAACAGUUGGGAGGGUCAAGUUUGGCAACCAC